UUAUACCAAGUGACCUUUCAGGCAGAAAUUAGAUCGACUGCUCACAAUACUGCUGCCUGUUGCUGAGUGGAAGACAGCAGAAAUUUCUGGAUUCAAACAUCGAUUGGGAUUGUGUUUUGCUUUGUUUUGUUUUCUUUCACUCUACCUUAAGAAGAUGGACAAUGAAACCACAACCCUGAUAUCCUUGAAGGAGACUAUGAAAAGAGUAGACCACAAACUCCAAGCAUUAGAAGCACAGUUUAAAGAACUGGACUUCACCAAGGAUAAUCUGACACAGAAAUUUGAACAUCAUAGUAAGAAUUUGGCAAGCCAAACAGUCCAAGAUGAGAUGUGGAAUGCAGUUCUGGCACUCAAGUUCACUUCAAUGGAAUUGAAUAUUCUUUACAGUUACGUCAUUGAAGUACUUGUCUGCUUGCACACUCGUGUGCUUGAGAAGCUACCAGACCUGGUGAGAGGUCUUCCCACCUUAGCCUCUGUCCUUAGAAGAAAAGCUAAGAACAAGCGCAUUAGAGUUGUCUGGGAGUCUGUCCUAGAGGAGUGUGGGCUGCAAGAAGGAGACAUUACAGCACUUUGCACCUUCUUUAUUGCACAUGCUAGCAAGGCAGAACACUAUGCUGCUCAAGUGAGACAGAUGUACAUCAGGGAUGUCACGUUAAUGAUUACGAAUAUGGUAAAGAACCAGGUCCUGCAGGAUGGUUUGCUGAGGGCUGUUCAGGUCAUUGAUAAGGGGAAAGUAGUGAGGGCUCCUGAAGAGCAAAAGUCCUCCCUCAAAGAGCUGAUACCAUCAGUCAAAAAAUAA